AUGGAGCAACUGCUGAAGCUCACAGAAUUCAUGGUGCUAGUGGAGACCUUUAAAACACCUUACACAAAGCCAGAUUCUAGUGUAAAGUCCCUUUGCCACUCAUACACAACACCCAAUCAUAACACAGCCACUCAUAACACAACACCCAAUCAUAACACAGCCACUCAUAACACAACACCCAAUCAUAACACAGCCACUCAUAACACAACACCCAAUCACAACACAACACCCAAUCAUAACACAGCCACUCAUAACACAACACCCAAUCACAACACAACACCCAAUCAUAACACAGCCACUCAUAACACAACACCCAAUCACAACACAGCCACUCAUAACACAACACCCAAUCAUAACACAGCCACUCAUACACAACACCCAAUCAUAACACACCACUCAUACACAACACCCAAUCAUAACACAGCCACUCAUAACACAACACCCAAUCACAACACAACACCCAAUCAUAACACAACCAAUCACAACAUAACACCCAAUCACAACACAACGCCCAAUCACAACACAACACCCAAUCACAACACAGCCACUCAUACACAACACCCAAUCAUAACACAGCCACUCAUAACACAACACCCAAUCACAACACAACACCCAAUCAUAACACAGCCACUCAUAACACAACACCCAAUCAUAACACAGCCACUCAUAACACAACACCCGAUCACAACACAACACCCAAUCAUAACACAGCCACUCAUAACACAACACCCAAUCACAACACAACACCCAAUCACAACACAACGCCCAAUCACAACACAACACCCAAUCACAACACAACACCCAAUCAUAACACAGCCACUCAUAACACAACACCCAAUCACAAAUCGACCCUGUUCCAACGCUAGUGUGUCACUCUACCGCACUCUCAAGCCUACUCUGCUGCCGCCAUGA